AUGAGCGCGUACGAGUUAGAGCGCCUCGAGCGCAUCGAGGCGAACAAACGACGCAUGGCGCAGCUCGGCGUGCUGGAGCACGCGAAAUCGCUCGCGCGCGACGCGCAAAAGAAGCGCAAAAAAACAAACUUUUCGAACGCCUUCGAGCGGACGUCGAACGAGGAGAAUAAGGGCAGCGCCGCGCCCGUGCGCGCGUCGCGGCGCGUGCGCAACGAAGAACCGGAAGCGUUCGAUCCGAACGACGCGUCGCGGGAUUUGUUCGAGGUGCGGUACAACGAGGAGGUGUACGAAGCGCGGCACGCGGAGGCUCUGGGAAGCGCGGCCGAGCCGUGGACGCUGUUCGAGGACGGUUACGACGAUAAAGGGCGCAGAAUAUACGACCCGGUGAAUGGACAGUGCUGUCAUCAGUGCCGACAGAAGACGAAAGGGCUGCGGACGUCGUGCGCGGGGUGCGAGAUGAUGCGCGGGGUGUAUUGCGGCGACUGCCUCUACAUGCGGCAGGGACUUAAUAUUCGGGAGGUCAUCGCUCGCGGCGACGCGUGGCGGUGUCCGAGUUGCUUGGACAUAUGCAAUUGCUCGUUUUGUAGAACGAAGAAGGGAUACCCGCCGACCGGCACCAUGUAUCGCCGCAGUUUGGCGAUGGGCUACGAUUCCGUCGCGCACUACUUGGUGCUCACCGGGCAAAAAGACGAAGCCGCGCGCGCGCGUUACGAAGCCGAAGCGGCGGUCAAAGCCGAAGCGUACGCCAAGCGCGAGGCCGAGGCCGAGGCGCUGCGCGAGAGCGAUGAGAAUGCGCCGGAUAGAAAGCCGCAUUGGUUGAAGGAAAAAGUCAUCGCGAGCGAAUGA